GCAGGACAACUCUAAUAACUCCCACCAAAAUUUUAAAAGAUCGGCUAAUGUCGUUUUAAACUCGGUAAAUAUCGCAACGCUCCGUUCGUCAUCGGUAAACUACGGUAAAAAUUUGAUUUCAUCCCAAAAUAUGUAUUUACGCAAUAUUUUUUAUUUUGAUUGGUCAUAACUAUCAUAAAGUGGUAUUUGAUUAAUAUUUCAGUUAGUUCUGUUUAAUAAUAUUCGAAAAUAUAAAUAUUUUUAAACCGAAAGUAAUUGGAUUUCGCGACCAGCGUUUUCUGAAAACGGAAUGGCACGAAACCAGAAAGGUCAGUUUUCGAAGAGAAAACCAGUAAGUCGACGAAAGAAAUUAUUGAAUAAUGAUCACUGUUAUUGUGGAAACAAUGUAACAACUACUCGCGUUGGAUUAGAUCUAGAUGAAUCGUGGAAAGUGGGAAGAAGACUGGUUGAGUGGGAAGUGCUUCUUGGUAAUCUAAAAUAUUGUCAAAAGUGUAAACUUGGACCUGUGCCACUGACAAUAAACACAAUUCAGGGGGACCUUCAGAAAGGACUUGGAGGGUAUUUAUAUGUGAAAUGUGAAAAUCCUGAUUGUGAAUACAUAAACCGUGCUGCCUACGGAAAGACAUACCACCAGACAGCUGAACGUCGAGGCAUGCCUUGCUUUGCAGUGAACACCAAACUUGGAACUGCAAUGAUCGAUAGUCUGGGUGGGCCAAGACGUGUAAAUAACAUGUUAGCUACACUAAAUCUAAAGACAGUGUCAGAUGCAAACUUGAAAAAGAUGGAGAUUCGGGCAGGAGAUGUUGUGGAGAAAGUUUCCACUGAGUCAUCACGAGCCGUAGCUGAGGAGGCAUUAAAGAAUGAAAUGGAGACCAUUGCACAUGCAGAGUCUCAAGAUGCACAAGUUGGUAUGAGUGGUUUGAUUGAAGACUUGGGCGUUUGUCCACUACCAGAUUCAUCUCCUGUAUCACAGUUGAGGCUUCAUGAUGAUGAACUAGAUUGGACUGAUACUGAGAGUGAUGAUGAGAAUACAUGUAGCUAUAUUGAACAUGUUGAACAGAAUGUCCCAGAGACUGCCUCUUUACCAGAUAACAGUUGCAGCACUCCAUUGGACAACAGAAUGCCAGUGCCUCCCCCAGUUCACACUCCCAAAUUACAUAGAACGUUACCCAAGCAAGCCAGAAAAGCUAAAGUCAGACUACUACCUAAAUAUCCAUGCCGCACAAGAAGUGGUAUGUCAGUUGCUGUGGACACAGCCUGGCAUAAACGAGGUUUUGACUCUCUAACCUCUCAUACUUUCUUCAUGACCACUGGGAAGUCUACAAAACAGAAGAAAGUCAUCAAGACAGUUGUUGGUCACAGAAUUUGCGGUGUUUGUAGCUGGUGGCGAAGAAAAAGACCAGGCCAAAAAGUUCGUCCCCAUAGAUGUGUGCGUAACCACACAGGUAGUGCUAGGGCUAUGGAAGCCACAAGUGGUGUAAAGGGGGUACAUGAAUUGUUGGAAGAGGGCACCCCAGUGGAGUAUUUGGAGGGUGAUGGAGACAAUACACUUAUUUCAAAAAUAAAAACUAACCUUGGAAUAAGUAUGAAGAAAAGAUUUGAUAAAAAUCAUGUGGUUAAAAACUUUACCAAAAGUCUAUAUUGCUUGAAAAAUGACAAAGGUAUCAAGUUGAGCAAAAGUGUUAUCACCCACCUUGAAAAGUGUUUAAAAUACACAUUUGCCAAAAACCAAGGAGAUAAAAGUGGAAUGGAAAACAACUUGAAAGCCAUUGUUCCACAUCAGUUUGGAGACCAUAGUCUUUGUAUGCCUAGGUAUUGUGGAUAUAAAAGAAAACCAGGAGAAAAAUAUCUUCAUCGUAGCCUGCCCUAUAAGACAGCUCUACACGAUGAAACCCUCAGACAACGACUACAACAGAUAUUUGAUCCACUGAUACAUAAUGCCCAUCAGUAUAUAGAUCUUGGUUCAAGCCAACAGUGUGAACAUGCCAACAAGGAAGUGACACUGAGAGCUCCUAAGAGUCACCAUUACGGCAACACCAGCAGUCUUGACUACCGAGUCCAUGCCACAGCAGCAUUCGUAAAUGAAGGAAGGCACUAUAUAACUAAGAUUGUUCUUGUUAUUCCAGUUGUUGUUUCUUGGAUAUCGAUGAAACCUGAAUGCCAUGAUCUUUAAUGGUUUCAACAAGCUCGGACUAUCUCCUGGUGCACACACUGUCAAGUAUGCUGACAUGUGCUUGAAGCGGCGACACACCAAACAACAGAAAGCCCAAUCCCCAUCUACUAAACGUAGACGACUGGUGCUGAAACAGGAACGGGCUA